GGGAUGAGCCAGAUUAGGCUCUCUGUUCGCCUCCGACAGACUCUGGAUGUGGCGGUCCGAGCACCAAGGACGCCUAACUACUCCAUCUUUUUAGCACAUAGUCGCUUUGAAUAACUCAUUUUCGGGGGCAUUCAUGAAAUAACUUGUAAUCCACAGCAGGAUAAACAAUGAUUUCGCCGUGGGACCGGUGGUACUCGACGAGCUGCUGCCUGUGCUGCCAUGUACGAACGGGCACCAUUAUUCUGGGAAUAUGGUACAUGCUCAUCAAUGCGGUGGUCCUACUCAUCUUGUUGUCGGCACUCAAUGACCCAGUUCAAUACCGCUACCACCUUACCAGCUCUGAGCUGGGAACUGACAUCGAUGUCAUGGACGAUGCAAAUAUCUGCAUAGCCACUGCAAUAUCCCUGCUCAUGAUUCUAAUAUGUGGCAUGGCAACAUAUGGUGCUUACAAGCAACAUGCUGCCUGGAUCAUUCCAUUCUUCUGCUACCAAAUCUUCGACUUUGCCCUUAACACACUGGUAGCCAUAAGUGUGGUCGUCUAUCCCAACACGGUGCAGGACUACCUACAGCAGCUGCCAGGGACAUUCCCUUACAAAGAGGACAUCAUGUCCACCAACAACAUGUGCCUAGUUUUUGCAGUCCUCCUCUUCAUUGGCUGCAUCCUCUCCUUCAAGGCCUACCUGAUUGGCUGUGUGUGGAACUGCUACAGAUAUGUGAGCGGCAGGGGCACCACGGAGGUUCUGGUUUAUGUCACCACCAAUGACACCACGGUUCUGCUGCCACCAUACGAGGAGGCCAUUGCCAUACCACCGAAGGAGCCCCCUCCACAGUAUAUGGAGGCAUAAGAUCCUGUCUGCUGGUCCCUAUACCCAAAACACCUACCACAUCUCCCUCCAACAGUAGGACCCAAACGCCGGGUGCAACAUGUUGAAAAACAAGACAAAACAACAUCUUAGAGGCUGGUUUCAGCUUGGAUCCCUGCCAACCUUAGAUUAGAUUAGGCUGACCCUGAGUCAAUUUUGCCAUUAACCCCCCCCCCCACCCAAAGCUUCCCUUGGUCAUUGUGACGUAUUUUCCUCCCCUCUCGUCUCCUCUGUCCUCCUCCAAGGACAGUAUAUGAGCAACUCCAACCGCUACCAACCCUCCCACUUGGCAGCUGCUGUCCCCUGGCAGCAUCUCUUGCACGCCCUGAACACUCUGUCCCAACUUAAUUUGCACUUUUCUUUGACUGAAACGUGCACCGGUUUGGCCACCAACUGUUAACCCCCAAUACUGUGAAUCUCCCUCGUGGUCUUUGUCUAGAAACAAACUACCUGAAGAGAGAUAGCGACAGAGAGAGUGAGAAGGAAAGUGACAUACAUGAUCAGUUAUGCAAGAGCACUUUUUUUCAGAAAUUGACAAAUUCCUUCAUUGAAUGUAAUGUUGAGGUAUUUUUGUAUGACUUUUUGUAUAACAGUAAAAACUGAGAGAAAAAGAAGUGGAUAGCGAAAGCCUGUCCUGUUGUGAUAUCAUCUGUGUACCCAUGUGGCUCAAACUGCAGGAAAUCAUAUUGGAAAAGGUUCCUCGACCAAUAACAACUAUGUCUUCCUUUUGUAUCCAUGUAACACUUUGUCUGUAAACCUGUAAACCAUUGACUGCCAGUGAAAAACCUUGUUCACCCACUGACUUCAGUCACAAUAUUCCAGUUUGCCUUCCUGUCCAUUUCCUGUCUGUUCCAAGAUCUCAAAAGCUUAGAAAGACUGGCAUUAAUGUGAAGCACACAAACACACACUCCAGAAUCACAUCCAAUGAGGCAAUACACAUAACUGUAAAUCUAAAAUGUGCAAACAUCAGUGUGUGAAAACGUUUCAGUUAAGGCAUCUGUCUUGUGUUCCCGUCGUGCUGCAGCUUCAACAGCAUCGUCUUUGUCUUUAUUGUGUGUGUGUUGUUUUUUUUUUACAUGGAUCAUGGUGUACACACUGAUCUUUUUAGUUGAGCUAACUUAGCUGGACUGAGGGCAUUUUCCUAUAAAGGCGGCACAACAUGCUGCUGUACAUGCAGAGACUGUAUGUAUGUGUGUGUGUAUGUUUGUAUGUUGUGCUUGCUUGAGCGAUAUGUGUGGCAUUAUGAUGUAACUCCUAGUUCCUUUUAUAUGUAGUAACAUUUCCUUUGCACAUGCAGCGAUAUCGUGUCGAGAUAUUCCCUGUGCUGGUGACCUUUUUUGAAAUUAACAAUGAAUGGGAAUCUAAAGCAUUGAUUUAACUUAGCAUAGUAGCACAAAAUCAAUAUACAGUAUAUGAAGCUAGAGAAGCUAGAUGCUUGUCUUUUGCCUAUUGUGGCAAUUAUGAGGAAUAAUUAUAAAACAAACGGUAUUAGACACACCUAAUCCUAUUCUUUUCAGUAAUUUCUAAAGUAGUGUUUGCUAUCAACAGAAAACAUUAAAUCAGAAUUUUAUCCUUUGGACUAUGCAACAGUGCACUCAACAACUCCUUAGACCUGGAAAUACACGUGUCAUGAAGUAGUACUCCAUUUGAUACUAACACUGUAGUUGACAAUGUAGCCAUUUGUUGGCCCUGAAAUCGUUUUCCCUGUGUGAAUUAUGACCACUGCUUUUGCAAAUCCAACAAAGCUGAAAAUGAAAUUGCACUUUAAAGUCAGCAUGAGUUCACUGGGAACUGAUGUGUUUCUGUUUUUAUUCAUCGUUACUACAGUAUGCUGUAGCUAAGUGGUUCUAAAUAUGAUCAGCCACCCUCUCCUGGAUAAUACAAGCUGCUAAAACAUGAAAUAAACAAAUCAAUAUUGUGAGAUUUGGCUGCAGAGAUUUUAAUGAAACUGAAGGAGAACUUCAGCUGCGGGUUUUAGAGAAAAGGCUCGUGUAGCAUCUGGAUCAGUGGGUGGCUGAUGCCUCGUUUUAUUAGUAUCACUUUGAGACUGUUCUUCAUUGUUUUCCAUUUACACGCAUCCUCUUGUUGGAUCUGCAUGAGCUCAUGUCUUCAAUUCUGAAUAAUAAAAAGCGAAAUCAUU